GUCACAAUGUUUUCAGGAACUGAGAGUGAUGAAGCAUGCGCAUCCUCCGCAACAGACGCGUCAGCGUUUUUCUCUUCGUUGGGAGUCAUCCACGUAUCUUCUUGAACUAUUUAAGUCCCUUCCUGAUUGCCGGCGGUCACUCAGCUUGUUUUGUGACUUUCUUACGGCUAGGACCUGCAGCUAAAAGACAGAUCAUGGGGGACUGGUCGUAUCUGUCUCGGCUGCUGGACAAAGUUCAGUCUCACUCCACGGUGGUGGGGAAGAUCUGGAUGAGCGUUCUCUUCCUCUUCCGGAUCUUCGUCCUGGGUGCUGCUGCAGACGACGUGUGGGACGACGAAGCCUCAGAAUUUUCUUGCGACAUUCAUGAACCUGGAUGUGAGUAUGCCUGCUACAAUCAGAGGUUUCCCAUUUCCCACGUGCGCUACUGGGUCCUCCAGAUCGUCUUCGUGUCGGCGCCCACCCUGGUGUACCUGGGCCAUGCUGUGUUCAUCGUCCACAGAGAGAAGAAGAUGAUGGAGAAUGGGGGUAUCCUAAAGGGGUCAAGGUACACGGAUGAUCGAGGGAAAUUGAGAAUAAAGGGCAUCCUGUUCUGCACCUACAUGACCCAGCUGAUCUUCAAGAUCCUCCUGGAAGUGGGUUUCACUGUGGGUCAACUCUACAUCUACGACUCACAAAUCAUUUCCCUCCAUAUCCCCUGUAAACUUGAGCCUUGCUCCCGUCAGACCGGCGCCGAGUGUUACAUCUCCCGCCCCACAGAGAAGACCUUCUUCAUCUUCUUCAUGUUUGGAGUUACGGGCCUCUCCGUGCUCCUCAACAUCAUUGAGAUCAUCUACCUGCUGUGCAGCAGAAGGAGAAUGGCCGCUAAACGGACUCUGAGGCAGCAGGAGGCGCUCAGCUCACAGAUAUACUCGGUCAGCCCCACCCUGAACUCAGCGGGUGGCCUGUAUGCUGGUUUGCAGACACCAUCUCCCCACUUUCUGUCAGGGAAGGAGGACGAAGGAGAGGACUUCAGCAGCAAGGAGAAGGAGAACUGAUGCAGUAACGUGAAUAAAAACUUUGGAAUGAU